UCAUUGGCGUUCGUCCUUGUAGGUCGUGCAAGUUCCAAAGUCUGGAAUCAAAAUUAAUUUCUUGUCAAUCAAUUCAGUGCUGCAUUUGUGCUUGUUAAAUUAAAAAAAAAAACGUGCCAAUAUGGGAAGCGAGAAGAAAGUGCCAAACGGCAUCAAAUUUCUUAUCGGCGGGACUUCGGGAAUGGCAGCAACCUGUUUCGUCCAACCACUCGACUUGAUAAAAAAUCGAAUGCAACUGAGUGGAACAAAAACAUCGACAAUUAGCGUAGUUUCAAAUAUUGUGAAGAAUGAAGGCCUUUUCGCUAUGUAUUCGGGCUUGUCAGCUGGCCUUAUGCGACAAGCUACAUACACAACCACCAGACUCGGAAUAUAUACUUGGCUCUUUGAAAUUGCCUCAAAGGAUGGACAACCAAAUUUUUUUACCAAAGCCGGUUUAGGAAUGGCAGCAGGAUGUGUUGGUGCAUUUGUAGGAACGCCUGCGGAAGUAGCUUUAAUUAGAAUGACCGCUGAUGGAAGAUUACCUCUUGCUGAAAGGCGCAAUUACAAGAACGUCUUCCAUGCACUCUUCCGAAUUACAAAGGAGGAAGGAAUCCUAACGUUAUGGCGCGGAGCAAUUCCCACAAUGGGAAGAGCAAUGGUAGUAAAUGCUGCUCAAUUAGCAUCUUAUUCCCAAGCCAAAGAAGCUCUUCUCGACACUGGAUAUUUCAAAGAGAAUAUAACUCUACAUUUCGUUGCCUCUAUGAUUUCUGGUUUAGUGACUACUGCCGCUUCGAUGCCUGUCGACAUCGCCAAAACGAGAAUUCAAAAUAUGAAAACGAUAGAUGGCAAGCCAGAAUUCAAGGGCACAAUUGACGUCUUAACCAAAGUCGUACGAAACGAAGGGCCUUUUGCUUUAUGGAAAGGAUUCUUUCCCUAUUAUGCUAGAUUGGGACCACAUACUGUCCUAACAUUUAUCUUCCUCGAGCAAAUGAUGACUGCCUAUAAACAAAACUUUUCAUGAUAAGCGCACGUGAAUUAAUCACCUUCCUAGUGCUAAUUCUGCAGUCAAAUUAAUCCCAUAGUUGUUGUGAACAACUGGAUAGCGAAUUGGAAUUAAUUUUUAACAAGAAAGUAUAUAUUUGAUAAAAAUAGUAAAAUUCGAAGAUUCGAGAUUUAUUUUAUUUUCUUUAUGUGCCAUUUAAGUCUAGGAUUUCAUUUGAGCCGUUUACUAGAAAAAGCACUUAGGUGGUAGUACAAAAUUACCGAAGAAACUUUUCAAUUGUUUUUGAAAUAAUCGUACAGUUUAAAACUUGUAUUUUUUUGUUUGUAAAAAAAAACAUUUUGAGAAGAUUCUUUAACAAUUUUGUGCCGAAACUUGAAACAACUUUGGCACAAAAUUCCCGAAGAAACUUGUCGAAAUUUUUUUUACAGACCAAAAAAGUUAUAUUAUGGUUUUUGAAAUACUUGCACAAUCAAAAAUCAUUCCUCUUUUUGUUUGUAAAAAACAUUUUUUAAAUUUUCUUUGGCAUUUUUGUGCCGAAACUUGAGUCAACUUCGAUUUUGGAACAAAAAUGCCGAAGAAACUUUUAGAAAUUUUUUUUUUACAAGCUAAAAAAGAUAUUUUAUGGUUUUAAAAUAUUUGCUGGAUCUGAAAUAUUUAUUUGUUUGUUUCUUCAAAACACAUCUUGUGAAGCUUCUUUGGCAAUGUUGAAGAUUCAUCAGUAUAGUAGUUGAAAAUUCAUAUCUUUGGUUAAAAAUUUAACUAUUUUGGUGAAAAUUCUUUUUUUAAUUGAAAGUUAAUUUAUUUAACCGCAAAUUUAAUUAUUCCGU